CAACAACAACAAUAAUUGAUAUAACAAACUCAACAGUAAAUUAAAAGAGAGUAAAUCACACAAUGCUCAAUACUAGUAGUAAUUAUUUAAAAACCAAGCACUUUGCUCAUCUCUUUGAAAAUCUCUCCUUUGCCAAUACAUUUUGCAAGGAAACUCUUGCUGAUCCCUUAGGGCAAUUAAACAAGACUCGACAAGUGCUGGGCUCCAUGUAUUCAUAUGUGGAUUCUACACCAUUGGAGAAGGCUAAAUAUGCCUUUGAUCCUAGUAGUGGACGUUUACUUCCCACUCGACAACAAGUUUCCGAAGACUUUGAUGAUCAAGAUGAAGAGAGAAAUAAUAGAAGUAAUAUAUUGUCAUCUUCAUCAUCAUCAUCUGUGGGUAUAUUGAAAUCUGCAACAUCUGAUAAGGGAGUAACAUCUGAUUUUAUUAAUUUAAUUGAUUAUAACAGGUAUUCUCGUUUUGAAUUUGUGAUGGCUUCGAAUAGUGUUGCAAAGGAAUGUUUGAAUGGAGACUUGUUGUCGAGUGAAAGUGGUGAUGAGAGAGGAGUGAAUGGAGUGAAUGACUUGAUUACUGUGGAACAUUUGAUGAAACAACAGGAGAAGGAACAUGAUUUGGAUAAUUUUGUAAAUAUACUAUCUGGAUAUGAUCUUGUAAAUAGUACUAAAUAUUAUGCACAUUGUUAUGGUGGUUUUCAGUUUGGAAAUUGGGCUGGUCAAUUGGGUGAUGGAAGAGCUAUUAGUAUGGGACAAGUUGAAACACCAUUCACAGAUAUGGAUUCGUCUGGUUUCGAGUUUAACAAUAGUAGAAAUUCCUACAAUUAUAUCAAACCAAAGAGAUUGUGGGAGUUGCAAUUCAAGGGAGCUGGUCACACACCAUUCUCUAGACAUGCAGAUGGAAGAGCAGUAUUGAGAUCUUCUAUUAGAGAAUUUUUGGGUAGUGAAUUUAUGGACAGUUUGGGAAUUGCUACAACGAGAGCAUUCUCACUUGUGAGAAGUAAGGAAAAGGCAGUCCUCAGAGAUGAAUUCUAUGAUAACAAUCCAAAAUAUGAAUAUGGAGCUAUUGUAUUGAGAGUUGCUCCAACUUUUGUCAGAUUUGGAUCCUUUGAUAUUUUCAAUUACAGAUAUCAUCCUAUCAAUGAAAAGGAAAAGGCAUUGGAAGAGAAGAAGAAUAUCGAAGUAUUGGCUCGUUAUGUCAUUAAGAAUCACUUCCCUCAUUUGUGGAUUAAUGGUGAUCUCACUUUGGAAUUGAAGGAAAAGUUUUCAAAGGAGAUUGUUAGAAGAACUGCCAAAUUAUGUGCUGAUUGGAUGUCUGUUGGCUUUGUUCACGGAGUUCUCAAUACGGAUAACAUGAGUAUUCUAGGAUUGACUAUUGAUUAUGGUCCAUUUGGAUUUGUUGAUUAUUUUUCUGAAGAUUUCGUACCAAAUAACAGUGAUAGUGACGGUAGAUAUCGUUACAAGAAUCAACCAGCUAUUGUCUUUUGGAAUUUACAAAAGUUGAUGAGAGCUUUCACACCAACACUCCUUCCAGAGGAAUACUUUGCCAAAGUUUUGAAUGUUUAUGCUCCACACUUUGAACAUUACUACUUGAUGAAUUUUAGAAAGAAACUUGGUUUGAUUUCUUCCAGUACAAUUAUUGACACUUCUGAAGAUGUUACCAACUUUGACAUGUUUGAUGGCGAUUCUGAGAAUUUAAGAAAUGAAGAUUGGGAGCUUAUUGAGGGAUUUUUGGCUUGGAUGAAUGAGAACAGAGCUGAUUUUACCAACUUUUUCAGAUUAUUGUCAAAUGUAAAGAAGGGAGCAGAAGUUUCUCAAGAGUUACUCGAUAAUUUACUUCAAACAAGAAUGCACGCUGAUCACACUCCAUCUGAAACAACUGUAUCAGAGCUCAAGAAUUGGCUCUCCAUUUAUACCAAGAGACUUGAAUCUGUUCCACUCUCCGAUGAGGAAAGAAAGACUCAAAUGGACAAGACUAAUCCAAGAUACAUCUUGAGAAAUUACAUUGCCCAAAAGGUAAUCAAAUCAGCUGAAGAAUUUGACUAUGGUCCACUCUAUGAAUAUUACAAUGUUCUGAGAAAUCCAUAUGAUAAUCAUUCUACAGAGUUUGAAGAAAAGUUUGGUGGUAAUGCACCACUUUCUUCUCGUUGUUUGAAAUUGAGCUGUAGUUCUUAAUAAACUUUUUAUUUACAUUUCUCUAG